AUGACCCUGAAUGUAGAUGGAAGAAAGUUUGUGGGAUUGUUGGACACUGGAGCUGAUAAGAGCAUAAUAGUCCAGAAAGACUGGCCAAAGAAUUGGCCCCUCCAGCAGUCUUUGCAGACUUUACAAGGACUGGGUUUUGCACAGUCCCCUAAUCUAAGUGCCAAAGUAUUAACAUGGAAGGAUGAUGAAGGUCAUAAGGGUCAAUUUCAACCCUAUGUGCUAGAGCUGCCCAUCUCACUGUGGGGGAGAGAUCUCUUACAAGCCUUGGGCUUUACUCUUUCAAAUGAUUAUUCAAUUCAGGCGCAGACGAUGAUGUGCAAUAUGGGCUGGGAUCCGUCAAAAGGCUUAGGAAGAAAUUCUCAGGGUAUUCGAGAACCUAUUCAAACUCGAAGUUAUUCCCCAACCACAGGGUUGGGUUUUUCAUGA